AUGGACGACGAGCCGAUCAUUCCGAUGUCUGACCCGGUGGCGCUUCUGUCCCACAUCGAGGUCCCUAAUCAGGUUCGGUCCGUUAUCAUGGGGGGUCCUGGAAACAGCAACAACUCGUACUACGCGUAUUUGGAGGCCAUAGAUCGGCUGCACGGUGCAGUGCGGUUUAUAGAGGAGGAGCUAAGAAACGGCCGGUACCUCAUUGCUAAGGCGAUGGAGAAUGUUAAGCAAGACUUCAGCAAGCUGCUAACCAACAGCAGUUUGUUUCCAAACCUAGACGAGUUGAGGGAGGCGAUGCUAUCUGAGGAAUCACCUGACCAUAUAUCACCGCCGGAGAUGGUGGAGGCUGCAGCCAUUCCGAAACUACAUGCCAUGGCCCAGCGGUUGAUCGAUAAUGACUGCGCGCCAGACUGUUGCAAAAUGUACCGCGAGAUGCGGGAGGCGGCGCUGAAGCGCAACUUUCAGCGGCUGGGCGUGCAGCAGGUGACGAAGGCGGAAAUCCAGAGCACCCCGUGGCCGCGGCUGGAGGAGAAGAUGCGGCGCUGGAGCGAACACAUGCACAUCGGGAUGAUUCUGGUGGCGGGGGAGAGGGAGGCGUGCGACCAGGUGUUUGCGGGACUGGAGAAGCACGGAGAGCAGUGCUUUGUAGAUCUCUCACGCUCGUGCAUCAUCCUGCUCACGCACUUUGGCGACGCCAUCUCAGUCAUCAAGAAGUCUCCCGAGCGCCUCUUCUCCUUCCUCGACAUGUACGAGACAACACUCGACCUCAAGUCCACGGUGGAUGAGCUGUAUCGAGCAGAGGAGGGCCGGGCAGUGCGGGAAAAUUACCAGGAGCUGCUGACAAUUUUGGGGCGGGCAGCCCGAGACACGUUUGAAAAGUUUGAGGACGCGGUGAAGGCACAGCCGACAGCAGAGGAUAUGAGCGGCAUGGGCGGCAUGGGGGGCAUGGCCAGCAUGGGUCAGCCUGGAAACGUUCCCCGUGCAGAAAUGCUUCGAAACGGAGGCUUCCUCAACAAGCUAAAAAAGAUGAUGCUGAAAGCAGACGACAACAUGAGCGAGGUGGGCGGGCAGCAGGACGUGGCCGCAUCCAACGCCAGUGGGGACGUGCACCCCAUCACCAGCUAUGUUGUCAACUACCUGCUUCUGCUCUGCAACAGUGACCUGCCGUACUUCUCCAUCCUGGAGUGCGUGUUUGAGGACAUGGCCAACACUGCCAACGAGGCCGGCUCCUCCAUCAUCACGCCGCGCGUGCAGGGCCGCCUCGCCUUUGCUGCUGCUCGCAUCCUGGAGGCCCUCAAAGUCAACCUGCAGCACCGCGCGCUCAUGCUGAGGGAUGACGCGCUGGGAGAGCUGUUUCUGAUGAACAACCUGGCCUACGUGCUCACCAAAAUAGACGCUGCGGAUGCAGGCAGGUUGCUGGGGACGGCAUGGAUUGGCAACUACGGGGCCAUAGUGGACAGCCAUCGCGACCGAUUCAUCAACUCAUCCCUCGCCAAGUUUGACCCGGUGUGGUCAGAUGAUCGCCUGGACACUGCCUCUCUUGUGAAAAGGCUGAAGCUCUUUAACUACACAGUGGAGCAGAUGAAGCAACGCUACAUGGCGUGGACCAUUCCUAACCGGGAGUUGCGGGCGCACGUCAAGAAGAUGACUCUUAAGCGGCUGCUCGACAAAUAUAGAGACUUCAUUGUUCGUCACAGGAACGUGAUUCAAAGCCAUCGGACCCUGGAUGUGAGAGUCUUCACAUGCGAAGAGAUCGAGCAAAUGCUGCUGCCGUGCUUCGAUACCGGGCCUUCUAGAGUCAAAUAA